AGCGACUAGCGAGUUGGUCUGUUUGAGCACGCUGAGCACCAGAGGUGAGGGUAUAUCAAUAACUUCUGACCACACGUUUUGUUUAUGAUUUUGAGAUGCCAUGAUAUAUUGCUACGAUGGAUAAAGGUGAUAUAGGUCUAAUGAGAUUAAAUAUUGACUGUUCAAUCAUUCUUAUAGUACUCUUCUUGUUUACCUCUCAACAAACAUCGAGUGAAGAACCGAUCUUACGCAGGCAUCGGGAACUGGACGCUCAGCACCCCGUACUUCCUCGCGACACACGAUCAGCAACCGCCUCAACUCGUAAUGCGUCUCUGUUGACUGCGCCAAAUUCAAAAUACUGUGCAAAGCUCACAGAUAGCGUUGAAUAUACGACAUGCACGAUGUGUGCAGUAAGUAACCUUCAAGUUCAAGAAGACUCGAUGGGAAACGUAUGUCCUCUUCAUAAACGACCAACUGGUAGAGCAACUCGAGGUUGUAUUGCUGGGUAUUUUCCAGUCUUCAGUUUUGAAGGAUGUAACUUUGAGUGUGUUGAUAGCGACUCAGACUUUACAGAAUGCUGUCCAGGUUAUUGGGGACCUCAUUGCUCAGAAUGUCUUGGAGGACCAUUAUAUCCUUGCUCUUCUCAUGGGAAGUGUGAUGAUGGCAGGAAUGGAACAGGAGAAUGUAUCUGUGAUGAUGGUUAUACUGGCACAGCUUGUGACAUAUGUACUGGAAAUUCUUGUUCAGAAAAACAAAUGUGCAUCUAUAAUUACGACUGUCGUACUGGUGCAUAUUGUGAGUUCCGUUCACGGGAAGAUUCAUAUUGUCAGUGUUUGGAUGGAUACCAUGGUGAUGGUGUGAAUUGCCAUCCAAUCAACCCUUGCAUGGAGAACUCUUAUCACUGUCCCUCCAGUACAUCGCUCUGUGUUUAUGAUGGUCCAAACAAAUAUCAUUGUGAAUGCAAGCCUGGAUACUCAGAAUUUCAAGUAGGAUGUUUCCAAGACGAGUGCCAAGGCAAUAAUGUAUCAUGUGUGCCUGGUGCAGAGUGUGCAACAAUUACAUCCAUAGGUUCUGGCAAACUUACUAUAGGUCUAGGUGAGGAAGGCGAUGGAGAGAUGGCAAGGGUGAUACACACUGAUCUAGUGGCAUCAAAUGGAGUAAUCCACAUUAUAGAUAGAGUUCUUCUUCCUCCUGAUGAUGUCAGCACAAGGGCUCAGAUGAACAAACUAGCUGUCACAUAA